AUGACAACAUCAAACAUCCUUCCCCUCAAGAUAGCACUCCUCGUCGUCAUGUUGGGUUGCAGCACCACCCACGCCUGGGCACCCGCGGCCACCACCAGAAGAACUGCCGCAACAAGGACUCAACUUGCCAUGGCUUGGUCUCUCCCAGCACCUAUGCAACGAACCUUGGGAUCUGGUACUAGCUACUGGUACCAGGACUGCGGCACUGCGGUUGGGCGUCGCGUUGUCUACGACGAUAGCGAUGAAGACAACCUGCUCCAACAAUUCUGGUGGGACGAGCAGGAACAAGAAAGUCGGGGACUGGCAUUUGCUCGUCUCAACUUUUUGAAAGACGCAGAAAGCCAUGUAAGUAGCGGGUACUAUGACCAGAAGAGCCAUCAAGACGAGAACGCGGCUACUGACGGUAGAGGAUUUUUUCCUAUUCGAAUGGCACGAGGCAUUUGGAAGCGGAUCCGUGGCUCUACUGAAAACCAUUAG